ACCUGUACUUUGGAACUAUUAAUAAUGUAUAAGUAUACAUGAUCAUGAACAGAUUUUCACCAAACUGGGCAUUCUGAGUGCAGCUGAUACAGCUCCAAAGACCAAAAUGACUAAAUUGACUCUUUUAGCAGCACUGGGCAUCUUGCUUACAGUGCAGAUUGUGGCUUCUACAAAGCUGGUGUGCUACAUGACCAACUGGUCUCAGUACAGACCUGGCAAUGGAAAGUUCCUGCCAGAAAACAUUGAUCCAUUCCUCUGCACACAUGUGGUUUAUGCUCUGGCAUCCAUCAGCUAUGAUAAUCAAAUCACUACCAUCGAAUGGAAUGACGACGUGCUGUACAAGUCACUGAAUGACCUGAAAAAAGUAAAUCCUACAUUGAAGACCAUGCUGUCUGUUGGAGGAUUGGUCAAUGGCGUCAGUCCAUACAUCAGAAUGGUGUCGACUCCAGAAACCCGCAAGACUUUCAUCCGUUCUGCAUUGCUGUUCCUGCGUCUCCAUGAAUUUGAUGGUAUGGACAUUGACUGGCAGUACCCAGGUCACAAUGGAAGCCCACCAGAAGACAAACAGAGGUUUACUACAUUCCUCAAGGAACUGAGAGAAGCUGUUGAACUGGAUGCCAUAGACACAAAGAAAACUCCUCUGAUUCUUUCCUGCAAAGUUUCUGGCAUCAAGUACACUAUUGAGCAUGCUUAUGAGGUUGCUGAAAUUUCAGGUCUGUUGGACUUCUUGACCAUCAUGUCUUAUGACUACCAUGGCCACUGGGACCCUGUGACAGGGCACAACAGCCCCCUUUUCCGCAGCUCCUUGGACACUGGAAACAUAAUUCACCACAAUAUCAACUCAUCUGUGGAAUUCUGGCUGAGCAGUGGAGCCCAUGCUGAGAGGCUGCUUCUUGGCUUCCCCACAUACGGACGCACAUUCUUGCUCUCCACAUCGCAAACAGGUCUCGGGGCGCCAGCCAAUGGCCCUGCUGACGCCGGCCCUUACACACGCGAAGCAGGAUUCUGGUCCUAUUAUGAGAUUUGCCCCAUGGAAUCAAGUGUCACUAUUGAAUGGAUCAAUGAGCAGAUGGUGCCCUAUGCAGUUCAAGGAAGGGCUUGGGUCGGAUUUGACAACCGUGAAAGUUUUACUGCUAAGGCGCAGUGGCUGAACUCCUUGAGCUUGGGCGGAGCCUCUGUGUGGACCUUAGAUUUCGAUGAUUUUUCUGGCCGUUUUUGUUACAAUGGAGCUUAUCCUCUUGUCAACCAUUUGCGCAACGCACUAGGUAAACACUUUGUGAUUAUAAUGCAGAAAAAAACACAAAAAUUAUUCUGUCUUCUAUUAUAUGCAUUAAUUGAAUCUCUAUUCACAGGUUUCCCACCCAAGCCCACCACUACGCCACGUCCCACCACUACUGCUGACCCCAUUGCCUCUUUCUGUGUUGGCAAACCAGAUGGGCUGUACCCCAACCCUUCUGACGGAACCACUUACUUCCAAUGUUUCCGUGGAAACACAUACCUGCAUAAAUGCCAGCCUGGUCUGGUCUAUUCUGAUGCUUGUAAAUGUUGUGAUUGGCCUUGAACGGAAGUUCAAAUCCACUCCUCCUGUUCAAUACAGCUGUCCAGUCUCCUAUUUUUGUGAUGUAUUACCUCUGCUAUCCAAGCUCAUCAUUUGAAAAAAUAAAUAAAAUAAAGUGACAGACAUUUUUAUUUUAUGCAUAACAGUAUAGAGUUGUGUCUUGUUAAGGUUCUGGUCAUAUUUUCCCUCACAUUUAGUUAAUGAAAAAUCAUAAUGUCCUGUUCAGUACAGUCUAGUUUUCUCUUCUCGUUGUGCAGCAAAAGCAGUGUCCCCUUUUUAUCUUUUCACUUUCAAUAAAAAUAUUUAUAGCA